AUGCGAUGUGAUCCUACUGCAAUUGCCCGACCAGAAAAUAUAGACUCAUCCAAAAAUUCGUGUACAGUGCCAACGCUAGCUUCAGGGGACGUCCACGUGACUAUAGAUGUGAUCGACAUCAAUAGCGCAAAUUGCCAUGCUACGAGUGUAGACCUCAAAUCAAGUUUUCGAGACCUGCGCAGAGAUCUUCAGACAGGCGUUGCUCCCCUCCACUUCAAGGACCUGACCUGUUUUUUAUCAAGGUUACGCAAAUGUAUUCUAAAGUCCUGUAGCGCCCAGUUCGAUUGCGGAACAGUGACUGCAAUCAUGGGCCCAAGCGGAGCUGGGAAAUCCACCCUCCUGGACUAUCUUGGCCAAAGGAUUCAUAUAUUACGUUCGCAUUCAAUAAAGCUAUCCGGCAGCAUCUACUUGGGCUGCACUCCAAUGACCCCUAGCUUGUUCCGCGCGCGAUGCGCAUAUGUUCCCCAACAUGAUGCGCUUUGGAGUACCUUGACAGUCCGAGAACAUUUUCUAUUUUGCAUUGCAUUUCUUGAUGGAUGCUACAAGCAGGAACGUCCUGUGGUUUCCAAAGUUAUUCAAGUACUGGGCCUAGCUAGCUGUGCGGACACCAUGGUCGGGGGGCCAUUGGUAAAGGGGUGCAGUGGAGGGCAGCAGCGGCGUACAAGCAUCGGGAUCGAAAUCUUGUCGAGACCAGAGGUCCUGUUGCUGGAUGAACCUACGACAGGCUUGGACGCGGUUGCAGCUCUAAAUAUUGUUAGACUGUUGCGAUACUUGGCCAAUUCAGAACGAAUAACUGUUGUGAACACGAUUCACCAGCCAAGUUCGUAUAUCUGGGAGGAGUUUGACAAUGUCCUGCUUUUGUCGACUGGUCAAGUUGCAUAUGCCGGUAGUCCGCACGAUGCCCUAGCACACAUGCUCAAGCUGGGUCAUGCCCCCGAGCACAAUAGUAUCAAUCCUGCUGACUAUUUAUUAGCUUUGGUCUGCAUAGACUUCGAUGACCCCGCUCACCCCGAGGAAACCGCAAAGACGCGACUUGAUUUGAUCAUCGCCGCUUGGGCCGAUGAAACGCAACCCCCACUCGAGUCUCCUAGGAACUACGUAGGAGUCAGUGGUGCCGCAACUAGCCUCCGUGUGUACAGGGCAACGUUUCUCAUCACGCGGCGCAUGAUCAUUGCCAUAGUGAAGGAUCCAGUCCAACUGAGAGCACGACUUCUGAUGACUUUGGCGUUUGCUCUCUUUUUUGGGACAAUGAAUUUCAACAUAAGACAUUCACAAAAAAAUGUGCUUAAUUGGCUUGUAAUCGCCAUAUUUGAAGGAGGAUACCUUCCCAUGUUGAGCAUUCUAUUGAUCCCGUCUUUUUUUGUAGAUGCACACGUCGUUGGGAAGGAAAUUAGCAAUGGAUUAUACGGUGUUACUCCAUACUGGCUUGCCAAUUGCCUUCUCCAAUGCACAUGUUCGUCGCUUUUCUCUUUUUCGUUCCUCACGCCCGUAUUUUUGCUAACUCAUCAAUCCAGCUUCAUUGGAUUUUGUAUUGCCGCUUGUGCUGUCAUCUUCUCAGUGAUUCUCUACGAUGGAGUUGCAUGCUUCUUUGGUUUAUGCUGCACCAAUUAUGUUUUUGGUAUGGGGUUGUGCAGCACAGUAAUUGUAACGCAGUGGUUAUUUAACGGUUUUUUCGUAUCUUUGCCCAAUAUGCCAUCUUGGAUGAGAUGGCUACAUUGGUGCUCGCCAAUGAAAUAUGUACACGAGAUUCUUCUCAUAGCUACAUUCAAAUUUUAUGGCUUCGGGACAUGUCGCAUGUGGGAACCAUGCUUCAACACGCAGUCGUCGAAUCCAUUCGAAGAUCCAGCAAGCGGCAUUGAGAUUCUCAGAUCACUCGGCACUCGAGUAGGAGGCUAUCCUGAUUACAAGGUUGAUGACACUGACGUAUCGCAACAUCUCGCCAUCCUCCUCUUAUUCAUCUUACUAUUUCGCUUAGCCUUUUUAGCCACCUGCAGGCAAUUGCUGCUGGCAUAG